AUGUCUCUCUCCGACCUCCACGACCGACUGGAUGACAUCUGGGCAAGCUAUCUAGAGCACCUGGACAACUACACCAAGGCACAGAAGCUCCUGCAAAAGCAUAUGAUCGCUGGCUUCCUCUCACUGGCACGGGCGAACUUCAACUCCAGAGAUGGUGUCACUCGAUACGGGAAGGACUUCUACCAUGAGCGGGCGGUGGCGAGCAGGCGAGCGGCAGUGUGGACUGACGGACCCAACGGGAAAGUGGAAGUCGAGCUCGUGUCCUGGAGAGAAGAGCCCAAGGACGAGCCAGCGUCAAAAGACGAAGAUCAGAAAGAUGAUCCUACGGAGGCAAAGCAGCAGCCUUCACCUCCUGCAACGCCUGAGCCGACUACCAAGCAAAGCGAUGAUACCGAUGCCGACACAUCGCAUGAAUCGGAUGGCAAAGCAUCAGCGAACAAGUCUUCGACCUCAACAACAAAACUACCCCUAGCCUCGGAUCCUUUGCGUUGGUUUGGGAUCCUCAUCCCACGAGAGCUGCGGUCCGCUCAUACGUCGUUCUGCGCUGCCCUUGAUGAGGCGGCGGUGGGGGCUAUCAAUGCCACUCGAAGUAUGAGGAAGUGUGAGGUUGAAGUUAGGAAGUUAAGGAAGGACAUUAAGAGAGCCGAGAAGGUGGCCAAUAGUGGUAAAGAAGAAGCUCGAUCAUGA